CUCAGAUUUCAAAAUCCAAUCUUUCCCUUCUCUCAGUUUCUCUGGUUUUUUUCAAAUCCCACCCAGAAAUCCAUCUCAUGGCGACGAAAUCCGAUUCCCCAAAGAGGGAGUGGUCCCUGAACGACUUCGAGAUCGGAAAGCCUCUCGGCAAAGGCAAAUUCGGGCGGGUCUACGUGGCCCGAGAAGUCAAGAGCAAGUACGUGGUGGCGUUGAAGGUGUUGUUCAAGAAGCAGAUAAAGAAGUACAAGAUUCACCACCAGCUGAAGAGAGAGAUGGAGAUCCAGACCAGUCUCAGACACCCCAACAUUCUUCGCCUCUACGGUUGGUUCCACGACGACGAACGCAUCGUCUUGAUCCUCGAGUACGCCCACGGCGGCGAGCUGUAUGGGCUGCUCAGGGAGAACACUCACCUCUCUGAGAAACAGACCGCCACGUAUAUACUGAGCCUGGCGCAGGCUUUGGCUUAUUGUCACGAGAAGCAUGUGAUUCAUAGGGAUAUCAAGCCGGAAAAUUUGUUGCUUGAUCAUGAGGGUCGACUGAAAAUUGCAGACUUUGGAUGGUCUGUACAGUCAAGCAGCAAGAGACGAACAAUGUGUGGAACGUUAGAUUAUUUAGCACCAGAAAUGGUGGAGAACAGAGCUCAUGAUUAUGCAGUGGAUAACUGGACUUUGGGAAUUCUCUGCUAUGAGUUUCUUUAUGGCACUCCUCCAUUUGAGGCUGAAAGUCAAAGAGAUACUUUCAAAAGGAUUACGAACAUUGACCUGAGCUUUCCUUCUAGCCCUCAAGUUUCUGCAGAAUCUAAACAUCUCAUUACCCAGCUUCUCGUGAAGGACUCCUCUAAGAGGCUUUCUCUUCAGAAGAUCAUGGAACACCCUUGGAUAAUGAAGAAUGCAGAUCCUUCCGGUAUCUGCAAUAACUAGCUUUUCUACCUAUGAUGUUGGUCUACCGUAGCUUUAAGAGUAUGCAAUUGGAGGUCAAGAUGAUAGUAAGAAGACAAGCUGUGUUUACUGAAGGAAGUAGUGGUUGUGGUAGCUGGUUCCUGAAUUGUCACCCCACAAGUCCAUAAGACAUAACUCAGGCAGUGAGCAGCCAUAUCCCAGCUGAUGAUUCCAAGAUUCUUCAUAGCUAUGGGGUUCCCAGAGUGUCAACAAUUUAAUGUUUUGACACAGGUUCCUUUCGAUGAUUCAAAGAUUCUUCAAUUACUGGUUGCUGUAUAAGUUGUGCUUCCUUCUGUUACUAAUUAAAGACUGAAAAAGCUCUAGCUUUUUUAAUUAGCGAAAAAGCUCUAGCUUUUUUAAUUAGCCAUCAUUGUAACUAUAAUGCAAGUGCCAACUUAUCAAGAGAACAAGGGGAUUGAAAUCUUUUA